CCUGGCUCUGCAGGAGGGCUCUCGGUGCUGCCGGCUGGCCACCAUGCUCAGAGUCGUGCACUUCCUCCGGAGCUUCUUUAAGACUCCAGAGCCAAGUGCACACCUGCCAGGUGAAGGUGAGACUGAAGACCAGCAGCUCCCCCCUUCUCCUGAAGAACCAGAGAAACAGGGAUGGAGCCAGGAAACAGACCAUGAUGAAUUCGAGACACUGUCCCACCAGAGUGAAAGUCAAUCAGACACAAAAACCGACCCCUUUGAAAGUGCUUCCGACACAGAGUCCCUGCCUGGUGACCUCACUCCGGGUGGUACCUCCGAGGGCAGAGAAGCACGCAGGGGAUGCUGUGACACCCCAGCAUCAGGAACCCCUCAGGAGCAGCGUUCAACUGGUAUCUCUGGGCUUGAUCCAAAGGAGGAACUAGAUCUGUGCCUUGACUUCAAGGAAGAGUCUUACAAAUGCGGGCUACGAGCCUUUGCUGCAGUUGAAAAAGCGAGGGCUGUGCACCUUCGGGAGGACGAGGCUGGCACGGAGCAAGAGUCACCGCUGGCAGGAGCUGCUCACUGCACACAGGGCUGCGGGCAGGGGCCCACGGACAGCUAUGGCUUCCGGCCGGUGAAGGCAAUCACUGUACAAGACCUCAGGGCGUUCUCUGUGUUUUCUCUUAAGAAAUCCCGGUCUGAGAGUUCUCUGGGCGUCCCAGUGGUCUGGCCCUUUCUUCUCUGGUGCUGCGAACAGGGCCGGAGCUGGCCGAAUAUCCACAAUGGAGAGAGGGGACCCCGGCUGCCUCUCAGAGGCCUGCCGGAUAGCAUAGCCCCUCUGGGAGCCAGGACAGAGGAGGAAAGUACUCCAAGCCCCUCACUGAACACAGGCUUGCUCUGCUCCCAGCCCAGCUUUGAUGCCACCUGCCUGCUUCCUUUAGGGACAUCUGGCCUCCUACAUGCCAAACGUCACUGUGGCGCCCCAGAAAACACUGAUGACAAGGCCAAGACAUUGCCAAGGCACUGCUGUCGGCACACAAGAACAUUGAACAGGGCCCAUUCUAUAGAAGAGUUUCCCUUAAGAUACUCUGAGGGUCCUCUAGGGCAGAACUCGGUGAAGUCUGGGACCCAUCUGAAGGGAGGGACAGAAGCAGAACAGGCUCCAAGAACACAACACCCUCUUCAGCCUGUUCCCCCCCAACCAUUUCAUCUGCUUCCUGCUUCCCAAAGGCAGGCUCCUCACUUGGAGGAUCAGUACGAACCCAGUGCUCUCAGCUGGAAAAGGGCCUCUCAAGACACACCCUCUGAAAGUUUCUGGCUGGAAAACCAGUUAGGACAUGAUUCUAGGUCCUGCCCAGUCUCUUCAAGCCUUACUGCAGCGUUGGUGAGCCUCAAUGCAGGGGAAGUGCUGGUGCCAGCAGAGUGCAAGUCAGGACACGGUCCAGAAAGCAGACCAGAGGAUCCCCAAGGCGCUGGCCUGGCACCAAACGCUGAGGACAUACAUGAUAUACAGAAGCACCUUCAGGACAUUUCUGUUGACGCAGGAAACCAAACCAGUAAUCACACAUCAAAGUACAUCCUCGGUGAGAAAAGAAAGCCACUUGCUAGGCCCAAGCUUCCACAUCAUCCCAGCAAUAGCAGGUCACAGGUGUGGACCAGAGACUGGGGGGGUUGCUCCAGAGUGAGCAAUCCUUCAGACACUCCUGAGACCACCCUGAAAUCAAGCACAACAGACACUUCAAAGAAAGCAGAAGACGUGAUGGUUCCAGACCCCAACUUCACCAAAAAUGCCUUGCAGGGUUUUUCAGGAGUCGCAGCAGCCACUGUGUCUCACUGCGGCUGUGGGGAUGAGGAGUGUGACCAGGGGCAUGAAGAUGGUGCCACACCUUUAGCAGAGGGCCUCCAGCUACAGCCCAAAGCAGACACAUCUUCUAAGGGCACGCUCAUCAUUAUAGCUGUCGAGCAGAAAGGGCUGCAGGCCACCAGGAGGAAAGUGGAUCCUCUUCCAGAAACACAGUCCUGUGAGUUUCUGGAGAAAAGACCAGGGUCUCCCCGCAGUGCUGGAGGGACCCCCCGUGAGUCUCCCCGGGCUGGGAAACCACAAACUUGUAACAAUGAGUGUACGCUGCCAGUAGCCUGCAUUCUGCGAGGUGCCGAUGGGGCUCUUCAGCAGGUGGCCCAAGCCACAGAGUUUGGGAUAGUUCUGAUCCCUCAAGCUGCUUCGGAAGAUUGGCCCCCUGGCGAGGAAGAGACGUCUCCCCAGGAGCGCGCCGCAGGGGGCCUGCUGAGCACAGAGGCGCCUGCCAAAGAGAACCCGCCGGGGGCCAGCCAGAGCUCCGGGACCGGGGCGGCCAGGGAGGAUGCUGCUGGGGCGCCCGGGGCCCAGGGCCGCGAGGACACGCGGGGGGUGCGCGCAGCGGAGGGCGGUGCCAAGACGCGGCCGGGUGCCCAGGCCCCUGCCCGCACCCGCACGCUCCGGCCGUCCGUACCGCCCCGCCGGCUCGGCCAGGCUUCACGCGAGCCUGGUAAGAGCCUGACGUUUCCCAAGGUGACCUCCUUCCGCAAAGGCAAGCCCCCGGCCGCCGGAAGCCCGAGAGGGGGCCUCCCUGGGGGUUCUUCCUGCCUCGAGGAGCUGUGCACCGACAGUCGGCCCCCCGCGGGCAGCGGGCAAAGCGCAUCCGGCCGGGCAGGGAGUCCACACAGUGUGCGCGCCGGUGCCUCCCCCGAGAUCCUUCUCCGGGGCCCAGGCCCAGGGCCUGCGGGGCUGAUGGAAGGGGGCCACGUGGAGACGCAGGGGGACCUCGGUAGCAGAAGACAGUCCUCAGAAAGCUGCGACGACAAGAGACUCAAAACCCCAGAGAAAAGGCUCAGGGCAAGGUUAGCCUCAGCUCAUAAGACCUUUGCAAAUUUUUUUGAGUCAAGAGUUUUAGAAAAAGAGAACACUGGUGAAUGUUCUCCAGGUUCUUUCAAGGACCAGAAGGAAAAGAGCAGGCUGCGCCAGAGCUCCUGGCGCACCUUUCUGAAAAACAAAGACGCUGAUGGCCCCAAAAGGCUCUCCUUAGUGGGUCUGGUUCCAGGACCGGAAAUCUUGAAUCCCCCCAGACUUUCCCCACCAGGGACCAGUAGCCACUGCGAAGAGCAGGCAGAGGACAAGGAGAGCUAUGUUUUUAGAGAUCACUGGACACCCCCACAUUCCCCCACACCUUUGUCAUCCAGCAAUUUGGCUUCUUCAGAUAACAGGAGAAGAAGUGAACCAACUAUCAAAUGUACAAGCACCCAGGAAAGUGGUAAAUACCUACCUUCAGGUAUCUUUCCCGAAAAGUCUUGGCCUUUGUCACCCACUAGUCCUGGGAGGCAGCAGGCUGGGAUCAGCCACACCCUUCCCUCCAGCUCCACCUGUUGCCUGGCAUACAGAAGCCAAGGGGUGCCCUGUAAGCCCCUGAGCCCCAAGCCCCAGAGCCCCAGGCCUGGUACCCAGUGGGCAGAUUUCCACUAUCCUGGCAGGGGCAGGGCCAUCUCAGUGGUUUGUCUCGGAAGCUACAACCAUGUGGAUAGCAGCUCAGAGGCCCCUGGAAGGCCCAAGACCUCCAAGGCCCGGACAAGCCUCCUACUUUCUCUGCAGGCACUAGACCAGGGUGAGCAGAAGGAAGAGAGCAGGAAAAGAGGCCAGCAUCCCUGUGGCCUGAGCACAGCACCCUCGCUUAAGGACCUUCUUGGGAGGGAGAACCACAUGCCAUGGGAAGAACAGCCAGGCGAGAAGCCCAGUUGCUCCCACAGUCCAAAAGCUUUUCACACUGAGCCAGCUCGGGAGCCGUUCUUUACCGCCGAGGUGGGGACACGGACCCUCCCCUUCGUCUCUGCAGAGGACGUCCCCAGGGAGACUCCUUCACAACCCAGGGGCAUCCCUCAGCAUUCACACUUCAGUUUAGAUGACUUGUGGCUGGAGAAGACGCAAAGGAGGAAGUUGAAGAAGCAGGCCCAGUUUGAAAGGAAGAUGCAUGCAUGCAAAGAUGGAGUCCAAUGUUGGAGGAAGAUGACCAUUACCUCUCCAGAGUCUUUGAAUCAACUCAGAAGAAGCCAUCCAUUCUCCCAGAGUGCCCCGACAGGACUGAACCGCAUGGGCUGGCCACAGCCCAUACCUGACAUUGAUAUCACCAGAUGGUCAGACCAUGAAACCCAAAGAAUCCAGCACCAGAAAUCAACCCUCCCUGAUGGAGCUCUGGACACAGCCCUCCGUGUGGACGAGGCAGGCAGUGAGGAGGACCUCUACGAGGACGUGCACAGCUCCAGCCACCACUACAGCCACCCUGGAGGGGGCGGUGAGCAGCUGGCCAUCAACGAGCUCAUCAGCGAUGGCAGUGUGGUCUGUGCUGAAGCACUCUGGGACCAUGUCACCAUGGAUGACCAGGAACUGGGCUUCAAAGCUGGGGAUGUCAUCGAAGUAAUGGAUGCCACCAACAGAGAGUGGUGGUGGGGCCGCGUCGCUGACGGCGAGGGCUGGUUUCCAGCAAGCUUUGUGCGGCUGCGCGUGAACCAGGACGAGCCCACGGAUGACGAGGCGCUGGGGACCGGGCACAGCGGGGCUGGAGACAGCGGGACCGAGGCGCAGAGCAGCAAGGACCAGAUGCGGACCAACGUCAUCAAUGAGAUUCUCAGCACCGAGCGGGACUACAUCAAGCACCUGCGCGACAUCUGCGAGGGCUACCUCAGGCAGUGUCGCAAGCGUGCCGACAUGUUCAGCGAGGAGCAGCUGCGCACCAUCUUUGGGAACAUUGAGGACAUCUACCGGUGCCAGAAGGCCUUCGUGAAGGCGCUGGAGCAGAAGUUCAACAGGGAGCGGCCACACCUGAGCGAGCUGGGCGCCUGCUUCCUGGAGCACCAAGCAGACUUCCAGAUCUACUCAGAGUACUGCAACAACCACCCCAAUGCCUGCGUGGAGCUCUCGCGCCUCGCCAAGCUCAGCAAGUACGUGUACUUCUUCGAGGCCUGCCGGCUGCUGCAGAAGAUGAUCGACAUCUCCCUGGACGGCUUCCUGCUGACACCUGUGCAGAAGAUCUGCAAGUACCCUCUGCAGCUGGCUGAGCUGCUCAAGUACACGCACCCCCAGCACAGGGAUUUCAAGGACGUGGAAGCUGCCUUACAUGCCAUGAAGAACGUGGCCCAGCUCAUCAAUGAACGGAAACGGAGACUUGAAAACAUCGACAAGAUCGCUCAGUGGCAGAGCUCUAUAGAGGACUGGGAGGGGGAAGAUCUCCUGGUCAGGAGCUCAGAACUCAUCCACUCGGGGGAGCUGACUCGUGUCACACAGCCACAAGCCAAGAGCCAGCAGAGGAUGUUUUUUCUCUUUGACCACCAGCUCAUCUACUGUAAGAAGGACCUUCUCCGCCGGGACGUGCUCUACUACAAGGGCCGAGUGGACAUGGACGGCCUGGAGGUGGUGGACCUGGAGGACGGGAAGGACAGAGAGCUCCACGUGAGCGUCAGGAACGCCUUCCGGCUGUGCUGCGGCCCCUCGGGGGAGAACCACCUGCUGUGCGCCAAGAAGCCAGAGCAGAAGCAGCGCUGGCUCAAGGCCUUUGCCAGGGAGCGGGAGCAGGUGCGGCUGGACCAGGAGACAGGCUUCUCCAUCACCCAGCUGCAGAGGAAGCAGGCCAUGCUGAACGCCAGCAAGCAGCAGGCCAUUGGGAAGCCCAAAGCCCUUGGCAGGCCCUACUACCUGACGCGCCAGAAGCACCCGGCCCUGCCCACCAGCCUGCCCCAGCAACAGGUCUUGGUGCUGGCAGAGCCCAAGCGGAAGCCGUCCACCUUCUGGCACAGCAUCAGCCGGCUGGCACCCUUCCGCAAGUGAGCCCAUGCCCCUGGCACCGUCUGGACCUGUCCUGCCGCCUGUGGGCCUCCAGCUUUUCCUCCCCGAGGCUCACUGCAUCUGGCCCUCCUCUGCCUGUUAUGCAGUCUGCAAGUUAGCAGGGCUGAGGUGGGAGGCACUCAAUGCCCCCAUUCUGUUUUCUCCCCACUACUGGGGCACUGGAGACGCAGGCUGGAGAGGCAGGCCCCCAGCACGUGAACCUCCCACCACCCUCCAGGCCUGUGCUGGCCGUCCUGGGAGGCACAGCUCAGAACCACCCAUCAGGCCAGCACGUGUGAGAAUGGCCGCUUUGGACCCUCUUCUCUGGACAUCUAAUCAUCCCUCCUGCUCCUCUUUUCUCUGGGCAGGAGACCGUCUCUGCCUUCAGCCACCUGCAGAGCCAGGCUGUGUGCCCCUCUGCCCUCCUGUUCUCCUUGCAGGCCCCACCUGGUGGGCCUGGCAGGCUGCAUCCCUGGUGGGUGGGAACCAGGAAUUCUGCGCACAAAACCAUCUGGCCCAGUGCCCACCCGUUUUUGCCUCCCAGUCCUCUCUAGACACUCCUGGCUGCUGGACACCCUCUCUUCACUUGUGAUGUGUUUGUUUAUAGUGGAAAGAAAACAAAAUCAUAGUCAGCUGAAUAUUUCUGUCAGGGUUUGUGACCAGUCCACCUGUAGCUGUGGGAUGAUUCCAGAACCUGUUUCCAAUUUUUUUGUUCAGAUUUUGUUUUUCUAAUGAUAGAGAAAAAGAAUUGUUAGUGACACAGAAAGAUUGCCUUACCCUAAGUGAGCGUGAGAAGCCAUAAGGACUGCAUUCUGUGGCCCAACACCCAGGACCGCCCCACCCAGAGGCUGGUGGGCAUGUGGGCUGCAAGGAAGCCCACAUCCACGGAGGAGGGGCACUGAAGAGGGUGGCUGAGGCCUGGCUUGGGGCACGGAGCACAGAGCCGCCUCUGUGACCCAUGGGAAUUCAGCAGCAUGUACAGUCACUCUUGCACUAUACCUUCUCCAAGCCAGAAACUACAUUUAAUUUCAUAAAGAAACUCGUGAAAAAUAA